AUGCACGUUUUGUCGACCAUCCUGCCCGUUAUGGGCUUGCUGGCCCAGGUAUCUUCCGCCGCAUACACCCUGCGCGACGACUAUGGUGCCUCCGACUCGUUUUUCGACAGGUUUAACUUCUACACGGGCAAAGACCCCACUAAUGGCUUUGUGAACUACAUUGACCGUAACACCGCCUCGCGCAAUGGUCUCAUCAACACAGGCAACGGCGUCUACAUCGGCGUCGACCACUUCAAUGCCGCCACCUCGCCUGGUCGCCAGAGCGUCCGCCUGGAGAGCACCACCACCUACGAGCAUGGUCUUGUCAUUCUCGAUCUGGCGCACAUGCCCAGCAGUGCAUGCGGCAGCUGGCCUGCCUUCUGGAUGCUCGGCUCUAACUGGCCCAACAACGGCGAAAUCGACAUAAUCGAAGGCGUAAACGAGCAAUCCCAAAACCAAAUGGCCUUGCACACCAGCAACGGCUGCACAGUCAACAACGGCGGCUUCACAGGAACCCUCGACACAGCAAACUGCUACGUCCAAGCCCCCGGCCAAGCCGCAAACAGCGGCUGCUCAAUCCGAAGCGACAGCACCCAGUCCUACGGCACAGGUUUUAACAACGUCGGCGGCGGCGUCUACGCCACUGAAUGGACCGGCUCCGCCAUCUCGGUCUGGUUUUUCCCCUCCUACGCUGUGCCCGGCGACAUCUCAUCGGGAACCCCUAACCCGGCCGGCUGGGGCACGCCCACCGCACGCUUUGCCGGCGGCUGCGAUAUCAACUCGCAUUUCAACAAUCUGCAAAUCAUCUUUGAUAUUACCUUCUGUGGCGAUUGGGCGGGCUCGGUUUGGGGCUCGUCGAGUUGUGCUAGCCGUGCGGGAUCGUGUGUCGAUUACGUGCAGAACAAUCCGAUCGCUUUCCAGGAGACCUAUUGGCGUGUGCGGUCGCUUAAGGUCUAUCAGGAUUGGUCUAUCUUCUUUGCUGGCUCUGGGAGUGAGGAGGUGGGUGCUGAGGAGGAAGUGGUUGUGGAGGAGGAGGAAGAAGUGACUGCUGAGGAGGAAUUGGUCGCUAGCUGGGGUUCCACGGAUUUGUUUGAGCGCUCUUCGCCUAAGACUUCUAUGAAGCAUCGUCGACAGCAUUAUCAUCAUGGGCAUGGUCAUCGUCAUGGUCAUGCUUAG